UCCCGUCCAAGAACAACCAAACGGCCUCGUCAGCCAACAGUCGACGACGCCAAAACCCAACUCCACACCACAAACCACUGAACACCACCUGCAUAUUUCAUACCUUCCCACGAACUGGCUGUGACCACAACAACUUCAAUGUCAUACGCCUUGCCCCCCUCUCAAGGCUUGAGACUGUGCGCUGCCUCCUAGCACAUCCUUAUUCCCCCGACGGACCCGGCCAUAAUAAGGAUUGCCUCUGGUCUCCACAGAUCGAUUCCGCCAUGGCAAAUUAUCAAGGACCUAGGCCAAACGGAGGCAGGCAGAGCGACUAUGGCCAGCCGCCGUCAUCAAACAAUCAGCGGGAUGCCGCCUUCUCCAACAUCUUUGGUGCUGCGCCGCCACCAGGUCGCUCCCAGACCAUGACCUCGUCCAACCCGUCUCCCAACAUGAUGCCACGGCCUGGAAGAACACAGACAAUGGGCUCGCAGUAUGAUGGACGGUCUCCCAUGGGCCGCGAGUCUCCGCCGCGGAUGCCUCCUCCCCGACAGCCUCCGCCGCGGCAGCCAGGGGGAUAUCCUCCACAAUCCCCCUCAUACGCACCCAACGGCCAAGCCGGCCCCAAUGGUUACUACCAAGGCCCACAGAGGCUAGCUUCCAACAGCGGCCCUCAAGUUCGCGAUCAGCAGCUACCUCCCCCUCCUCCUCGGCUAGACCAGAGAAGGCCAUAUCCAGGACCCCAGAGGGUGGACCUGAGACAACAACCUAAUAUUUCCCAGCAGCAGCAAUUUGCGCAACAGCAACGACAGCCCCCGCAGCGAGCAUACGGCGGUCCAGCACCGGCCAUGAACUCUGAUCCGUAUCGCUCACAGUCAAUGGCAUCGAUUUCACGGCCGCAGAUCUACCAGGCCCCACCGAGCAACUUUCAGCAAGCACCCGCAAAUGCGUUCCGACACGCACCAUAUCAGAACAACCAACAGAUGUCGUCUAAGAUCACGGCGCAGGGCCGCCCGGUUCCCGAAAGAACGCACGAUGAGCGCACGAUGUCCAUGGCGAGUUAUCCGCAAGGGCGAGACCACCAGACAAUGAGUGGUCGUGUUAUACCCACUAGACGCGCGGAAGAGCCGCAGGAGAGGACAAAUGGAUAUCAGAUUGAGACCCCAGGUGCUGCCGGAUCUAUGACCCGUACGACCAGCAUGGCGUCAACACAGGCCACUGAAGGCUCGGGCCGGUCUAUGUCUAUGGCAUCGACGGUGGUCCCCCCGGAAAGUGUCAAUAAUAGGACAUCUGUUAAGUCGAAUGGCAGCGGGACAGGACGGAGGGUGGCUACCAAGGCUCCCCUCGUAUAUCCAGCUCUGCUGUCUCGUGUCGGAGAAUGCUUCAGGGAUAGGAUUCAAACGGGGGACCGGACGAAGAACGACCUCGCAUAUAAGCACGCAUUUAGCGGUGCGGAAGCGGUGGAUGUCAUCAGCUAUAUCAUCAAGACUACCGAUAGAAAUCUUGCUCUGCUCCUGGGUAGAGCUCUGGACGCCCAAAAGUUCUUUCACGAUGUUACCUACGAUCACCGAUUACGAGAUGCGCCGACUGAGAUGUAUCAAUUCCGAGAGACUAUGAUGGAUGAUCCUUCCGACACCCCGGAGGUCAACGGUGUAUUUGUUCUGCUGACGGAGUGCUAUUCUCCUACUUGUACCCCUGACCACCUGUGUUACUCUAUCGCGUGUCCAAGGAGAUUGGAACAGCAGUCGCGACUCAAUCUCAAGCCUCAACCAGGUCUGAGACGUGAGGACUCGCAGGCUAAUCUCCAUGACAACGAGCCCGAUGAACAGAAAUUGUGGAUCAACACUGUAUCCAAGGAGAUUGCUGAUAGCGUCGGAGACCGCGAGAAGAAGAGGCAGGAGGUCAUCUCCGAGAUCAUGUACACUGAGAGAGAUUUCGUCAAGGAUCUUGAGUAUUUGAGAGACUUCUGGAUCUUUCCCUUGCGAGGACUUGUCAGGGAUGUACCCCCUCCUAUCCCGGAAUCAAGACGAGAGCGGAUCGUCCGGACCAUUUUCUCUAAUAUUGUCGACCCCCCGAGUAUCCACGGCGUCAGUUCCAAGUUCGCAGAGGCCCUCACAGAACGGCAAAGGAAACACCCAGUCGUUUCGGCCGUUGGCGAUAUUUUCUUAGAAUUCGUGCCCCAGUUCGAGCCAUUUAUCACCUACGGAUCAAACCAGCUGAAUGCCAAGUUCGAAUUUGAAAAGGAGAGGUCCCUGAAUCCGUUCUUCUCCAAGUUCGUGGAUGAGACGGAGCGCCGGAAGGAGUCUAGGAAGCUGGAACUCAACGGUUAUCUCACUAAGCCUACGACGAGAUUGGCUCGUUAUCCACUGCUGUUGGACAAUGUGCUCAAAUAUACGGAUCCGGCAAGCCAAGAUAUCACGGAUAUCCCUAAGGCUAUUAAAUUGAUUCGAGACCUCCUGACUCGUGUUAACGCAGAGUCUGGGAAGGCUGAGAACCGCUUUAAUUUGAGGCAACUCCACGAACAGCUCCGAUUUAGACCGAAUGAACGGGUUGACUUGAAGCUUACGGAUGAGGGCCGAGAGUUGAUCUACAAAGGAGCUUUGAAGAAGUCUCCAACAGACCCAAGUGAGAUUCAGGCUUACCUCUUUGACCAUGCCAUGCUUUUGGUGCGUGUGAAGAUGGUGGGCAAGAAGGAAGAAGUGAAGGUUUAUCGACGGCCAAUACCGUUAGAACUGCUGGCAAUAAAAGAAAUGGACGAUGUAGUGCCUAGAUUGGGCGUCGUCAAGAGGCCCACCUCAAGUUUACUGCCCGGGAACAAGAGCAACACCGCGGAUACUACGAAGGGUUUCCCAGUCAGUUUCCGCCACCUGGGACGAAAGGGGGGCUACGAGUUAACUCUUUUCGCGUCCACUGUCGGGUCCCGGAAGAAGUGGCUCGAGUAUAUUGAUGAACAGCAGGAGAAGCUACGUGCACGCGGAGACUUCUAUAACAAGACCACGCUAUCUGCCGGCUUCUUCACGGCGAUGAACCGUGUUAAUUGCGCCGCACCGUUUGAUGGCGGACGAAAACUUAUUUAUGGUACUGAUACUGGCAUAUACGUGUCAGAUCGAAGAUCAAAGGAGGCAGGGGCCAAGCCGAAACGUGUAAUAGACGUACAAAACGUCACCCAAGUUGAUGUCCUGGAGGAGUAUCAGCUCCUCCUCGUACUAUCAGCGAGAUCGCUAUUGUCGUUCCCGCUUUCAGCUCUCGAUCCGAACGAGCCCACCCUCGGCAAGCGAUCCAAGAAGAUACAAAGCCAUUGUAAUUUCUUCAAGACCGGCAUCUGUCUCGGCCGCCACCUAGUCUGCUGCGUCAAGUCAUCCGCCCUCUCCACCACCAUCAAGGUCUUCGAGCCCAACGACGCCAUGUCCAAGGGCAAGAAGCAAAAGGGCUUCAAGAUGUUCAACAGCGGCCAAGACGAGCUAAAAGCCUUCAAAGAAUUCUACAUCCCCACCGAAUCCUCCUCCAUCCACUUCCUCAAGUCCAAGCUCUGCGUCGCCUGCGCCCGCGGCUUCGAGGUCGUCUCCCUCGAGACGCUCGAGACGCAAUCCCUCCUCGACCAGGCCGACACCUCGCUCGACUUCGUCGCGCGCAAGGAGAAUGUCCGCCCGAUCCACAUCGAGCGCCUCAACGGCGAGUUCCUGCUCAACUACAGCGAGUUCUCGUUCUUCGUUAACCGCAACGGCUGGCGCGCGCGUCCGGACUGGCGCAUCGAGUGGGAGGGCCUGCCGCAGAGUUUCGCCUUGUCGUAUCCCUGGAUCUUGGCGUUCGAGCCGAAUUUCGUGGAGAUUAGGAAUAUUGAGACGCAGGCGGUUCAUAUCAUCCCGGCGAAGAAUACACGCAUGCUUCAUACAAGCACGCGCGAGAUCCUCUACGCCUUCGAAGACGAGCGCGGCGAAGACAUCGUCGCAUCCAUUGACUUCUGGCCCGCCGGCCAGCGACCCGACGCACGCAUGUCCAUCAUGCCGCCCGCGCCGUCCACGGCCCCGCAACUACCCGCGCUGCAGAUUGAGGGGGGGUCGUCGCGGCACUCGCAUGUUAGGCAGUAGGGGCCUCUUGUGGUGCGCGAGGGGUGACGCCGGCGGCCAGGGUCGCGGCUACGCAGUUUCCCGGCGGACGAGGAGUAUACUGGUUCUCGCUGCGCGGAGACGGGACGAGAUGAGAUGCGAGACUAGGACGAUUAAUUACUUGUCAGAUGGUGGUGGUGGUGACUGUAUAAUAAGCCGCCUGCACUCUGUAGGCGGCUGCUGCGCGAUUAGGGUGGAGGGGUAUUAAUUCAUUCAAUCGCUCCCCCAUUCCUCGCGACAUGUUGGUGUCGGGGGCCGAAGCGAGCGAGCGAGGUGACGGGUGAAGGGGUGAGCGAGGAGAGAGGUGGGAAGGUGUAUUUUCGUUUAAUAUAGCUUUGAACCAUCUGCAGGAUUGGUGUGCGGUUAGAUGGGUGUGUGUGGUGUGGG